CCAUGGCCAUUAGAACUUCAAAUAGAAUGUUGGAAGAUUCGGGACAGAUAAGAUAAGUAACUUGUUCAGGUACCUCACUGGUACUCACUCACACAGGAGCCAGUGAUCACCACUGACUUAGUGGCUUUAAAGGAGAAUUAGACAAAUUCAUGGGGGAUAUCAAUGGCUACUGGUCAUGCUAGGUGCGCACUACCUCCAUUGGUUUGCAUAGUGUUCUUUAAUUUUUUAUCAUUUAUUAAUGUCAAUUUAUUUUAAAAGGUCCAUGGGGUCACGAAGAGUCGGACACGACUUAACGAUUAAACAACAACAACAACAAUUUUUUAAAAAUUCUAAGUGAAUUACUUACAAUAGUAUAAAAUAUGCAAAAAUUUGCAAUAAAAUAGUAUAUACCGGUAUAAUAAAUUUAUGAAAAUAUAGGUAAAAAAACCAGUUUUUAAAAAAAGGACCCAAAAUAAGCAGACUGCAAGAGUAGAUGAUAAUAAACUUUAAUUAAGGAGGGCAAACAAAUUUUAUUUGUAUUACUGGUCAGUAUAGAUCAGGGGUGGCCAACUCCCAAGAGACUCUGAUCUACUCACAGAGUUAAAAACUGGGAGUGAUCUACCCCCUUUUGGGGGUUCAGGUCAAAGCCAUAGCUGCCAAGUUUUCCCUUUUCUCGCGAGGAAGCCUAUUCAGCAUAAGGGAAAAUCCCUUAAAAAAAGGGAUAACUUGGCAGCUAUGGUCAAAGCAGUUGAGUUUUUUUAAGGAAGGGAAGCCCUGUAUUUUUGGGGGGGGUUAGGUCAAACUUGUUGAGCUUCUUUUAGGAGGGAGGGAGGCCCAUUUUUGUUUAGGACUUCAGGUCAUAGUUCAGCUUUUUUAGGGAGGAGGAAAAUUUUGGGUGAGCUUUUUUUAGGGGUGCCAAUGAUCUAGCAGUGAUCUACCACAGACAUCCAGUGAUCUACUGGUAGAUCACAAUCUACCUGUUGGACGUGCCUGGUAUAGAUUAAUUGAGCUAGAUGAGCUGAUGUUCUGAAUCAGGAUAAGGUAGCUUCCUCUAUGCCUGAUACCAGACAACAGAGGCAAGUCACCCACAGGGCAGGUGUAGCCUUCACUGGAUGGGGGCUGAGUCUGGUUCCUGACAAAACCCAAUAGCUCCAGCCAUAAAGAAUCUAGCUUACUCCUCGCUGAAUUACCUCCCUCUCCUAGUGUCUUGUUUAUAGGAAGCACCAGAAAGACAGCAUGUUGUAAUGGUUCGAGUGUUGGGCUAGGACUGGAGAAAGACACAGAUUCAAAUCCUCACAGAGCCAGUUAAGCCAUGAGCCGGUCACACUCGCCCAGGCUAACCUAUCACACAAACUUGUUGAGUGGGGGAGAUGCAGGCACUGCUACCCUGAGCUCCUUGGAGGAAAGGAGGGAUUAAAAUGGAAGAAAUAAGAGUGCAACAGAAGGCAAGGUAAGGGCAACUGGUAGGGUUGAGUCCACACCCUCUGGAGCCUGGUGAGGUCGAGGACUGUUGCCUGCUCCUGCGCUAGGAGUCCCAAAGAAUCUCUGGCCACAGCUGGCUUGCAAAUCAGGCAGCCUCUUUUGCUUCCACUCCAAAUAUUUGACAAACCUGAGUAAACAACCUAAGUGGUAGAAUUUCUCAACCAUGCCCUGAUGCCCCUCCUCAUCUGAGGAAAAUGAGUCUAGGAGAGCCUGAGCUGCAAACAUUGGAAAGACUGAAAUUGUUUCCCUCCCUGGCUUUUCAAGUGCGUCAACUGAGAUUUCAUUGCACUGCCUCCUGUGGUCUACAGAGACCUGACUUUAAGAUGAGCACAUUGUUGUGUGUACCCUAUUCCUUGAGCAGAAGGAGACUUUGGGAGUUCCAGUGCUUAUCCAGGGUUCAGAUUCCUUGGCAUGGUCAACAGAGACUGUGGUUUCUUUAUAAUAUGUGGUUUUAUUUUCAUGUAUAUAGUCUGUGGACAAAUGCCGGCUCCUUUGGCCUGAAGCUAUAGUCACCUUUAACUGGACUUAACUGCUCAGGGGUCUUUUACCUUUACCUGUUUACCUAUAUACCUGAGCAUAGGAUGGAAGGGUUUGCAGCAUUAACACCUCAGCAGAUUUGCUUCCCCAUCAGGUUUCCAGGGGAGCCCCAAGUCCAGCACAGAGCAAGACAUGUCUCCGUCUUUCCCGUUUCCCAAAUCAGCCCAAUUCUCACCUACACAGACCUCCCAUGGCCUAUUAUUCUCCAUCCUAGGAUGAUGUACCAUCCAGUCAGUGCUGGCUGGCAAGAUUUCCAUUGAGGAUGAAUGUGCCAAAGGUCCUACCUAUUGGUGCAAGAACCUAGUGACGGCCAUCCAGUGUGGUGCUUGGGAACACUGCAUGCAGGCUGGAUGGAACAGUGCCACCCAAGAAGACACUUGUGCAGACUGCAAAGAGAUUGUUACCAUCCUUGUUCGCAUGGCUAAGGAGUCAACCUUUAAGGUAACCCAGAAGGCCAUCCAGGACUACUUGAGACACGAAUGCUCGGCUUUUUCACUUCAGACCUUAAUCCCAAAAUGCCAGGAGCUUGUGGAUACCUACUAUUCUCUAUUCAUCACCGCCUUGGAAGGACAGAUUCAACCCAAUGCUGUAUGCGCAAAGUUUGGCCUCUGCCAGUCUGACCCAUUGGAGAGCGAGGACAUCUUUGGUACGCUGGUUCAAAAGAUGGCAGAACAGAUCCAGCUGCUGCGAGGCAAAGCUUUUAUUAUGCCCAACAACAAGACCCAGGAUAACCCCAAGGAGGAGCUGCUCUUCCCUUGGCCCUGGCGUUAUGUUUUGCCUCACUGUUGGCUGUGCAAGAACCUUGUAGGCCGGAUUGAAUCCAGCCUCCCCAAGGAUGCUAUUGGCAAAUCCAUGGCGCAGCUCUGCCGCUUUGCACCAGGAGCCACUGCUGGGAUGUGCCAGUGCUUGAUGGAGAGAUACACGGUGAUCGUCGUGGACGCGAUUCUGGGCAAGAUAGGGCCAAACCUGAUCUGCGGGAUGAUGCUCAUGUGUGCCACAGACGAAAACUGUGGCCCAGAGACCCCUCCACUGUCACUCUCUGGCCCAGCUGCCAGCUGCCAGGCCUGCCUGGCUCUCCAGACCCAGGUGAAGGCAACCCUCAAGCCCAACAGCAGCAGGACUGAAAUGGAAGCAGCUCUGUUGGCAGCCUGCAGCAACACCUUUCGGAGCUGGGAGGAGUGCAAAAGCUUCAUUGAUCAGCAUGAGCCAAAGUUGUUCCUACUGCUUUCCAAGCCUUGGAGCGCCCAGAGGACAUGCCAGGAACUAGGAGCCUGCCUGGCUGCGGAGCCUUUUCCAGGAACUACUGCCUGUGCCCAGGGCCCCACUUAUUGGUGCUCCAGCUUGAGCACUGCUGAGGAAUGCAAGGCUGUGCAGCACUGCCAGAAUCAUGUGUGGCUGUAGCCAAAGAACGGGGAGCCAGCAGCAUACAGCGAAUAGGGGAGGGUUACACAGCCCUGCCUCACGAACCACUUCCUGAUGACAUUGUGGCAGGGGAUGAGGAAAACCAUGAGGCUCUCAUACUCUCAACUAUUACAGCUAUGCCUCUUCCCCCAA